AUGAAUGGGCCGCGCCCCUCAACUCGCGUGUUCCUCUCCGACCUCUCAUCUCUACAGGCGGACUCGAAGAUCCGCUUUCUUGGCUGUGUGACACAUUAUACCGUCGCCACCGGCCAUUUGAUACUGGAACACAACUAUCCACGCAGCAAGAUAGCUCCAACUGUAUCUGUCGACAUCAAUGCCCUCCUUGAGGACCUGACCGCCGAAGAAUUGCGCGUGGGGGCAUGGCUGAAUGUAGUGGGCUAUGUCAGAGAGUCAGAGCCAGUGCCUCAACCAUCUUCAUUUCAUUCGACCCCCGACGAUGCGAAUCAGCUAGGUCAAGGAUCCUCUACGGUCCCCCCUCGUCCGGUGUAUAUUGAGGCAAUCAUGAUCUUCCCAGCGGGAGCUAUUGCCAUUGGGGAGUAUGAGAGAAUCCUUUGCAACUCUCAGCGUGUCGAGCGAAUGAUACAGUUUACACACUGA